CCGGAGCCAAUUCUUGUCUAUGCCUCGGUUUGGACCAUUUGCUUACCCCGUCAACUCGCAAAACAAGACAGCACUGAGCGAGCUCUCUCGAGCCAUUCACAUCGAGCAAAAGUCCGAGUCUCGUACCAUCCUCAAUAGCAAAAAUGGGAGCCACAUCCAGAGUUCUCCUCGUCCUAUGCCGUCUAGGCGAACUCGUCUGCGGAGCCGUCGUUCUCGGUCUUCUGGGGCAGGCCUUCUCCUUGAUCAACGACGCCGGCGUGCUCGAGCCCGAGGGGCGACUGAUCUACACCGCUGUCGUGGCCUCUCUGACGAUACUUGACUCGUUAAUAUUUAUCGUCCCGUUUGCGUACUCGUACUGGUCAUUUUUACUGGACUUUAUCCUGGUUGUCCUGUGGAUUGUGGCUUUUGGGCUGCUCGAGUCGGCGUUGCAAACGAAGCUUACCGGCAUCCACACCUGCUCCUCCUUCUGGUUUAACAACUACUGGGGUUAUUACUGGGGCAGGUGGUAUGUCCGCGGCCCACCUGGCAUUGACAUCAACUGGACGGGCUGCAACGUGUGGAGGACGGUCUUGGCCUUCAGCUUCAUCGUCUCGAUGAUUUACCUUGCCAAUGGCUUCUUGGGUGUGUACUGGACUCUGGAGUACGGCAACAUCAGAACAAGGUCCAAGGGCUUCUUUGAACGCAAAAGAGGAUUGGGUGGCGAUACUGGCAGCGCCAGUGGACAUCUUAUCAAGGAGGGUGGCCCUGGGAUCACGCAGACUCCUGUUCAGCAUCGCAAUGGCGUUAUGGGGGCUGGACUGAACAAUGCCGCCCCUGCAACUCCGGUCAUCACAUUGCCAGCUGAUACCGCAGACCCGGCUGCAAGAGUGUAG